CAAGGUAGGAUGGCCCUGCCUCUCUGGCCCUGCCUUCAUGUCCAAUAAGAAGAGACCUGCCUUGGCACCUGCCUAUAUACGGGGCGCAGCAACAUCUUCAGCACUGCUCUGGGGGAGAGAAAAAAGUCUGGAAGCCUCCCUUUCUCCUCGGGUGAGAGGGCUGGGGACACCAUCACUUGGGCAAAGAAGGAGGCGCCCGAGACCAUGACUUCUAGCAAAAUCGAGAUGCCAGGUGGAGUCAAGGCUGACCCGGCGGCAUUGAUGGCAUCCCUGCAUCUGCUGCCUUCUCCCACGCUGAACCUGGAAAUCAAGCACACCAAGAUUUUCAUCAACAAUGAGUGGCAAAAUUCUGAGAGUGGGAAAAUAUUCCCGGUGUACAACCCUGCAACAGGAGAGCAGAUCUGUGAAGUGCAAGAGGCAGACAAGCUGGACACAGACAAAGCCGUGAGAGCUGCUCGCCUGGCCUUCUCGCUGGGCUCGGUGUGGAGACGGAUGGACGCCUCAGAAAGGGGGCGCCUCUUGGACAAGCUGGCGGACCUGGUGGAGAGGGACAGGGCCCUCCUGGCGACCAUGGAAUCACUGAACAGCGGGAAGCCCUUCUUGCAGGCGUUCUAUGUCGACCUGCAGGGCGUCAUUAAGACGUUGCGCUAUUAUGCAGGCUGGGCGGACAAGAUUCACGGGAUGACCAUCCCUGUGGAUGGAGAUUAUUUCACCUUUACAAGGCAUGAGCCCAUCGGUGUGUGUGGACAGAUCAUCCCUUGGAACUUCCCCCUGCUGAUGUUUGCGUGGAAGAUCGCGCCCGCUCUUUGCUGUGGCAACACCGUUGUCAUCAAGCCGGCUGAGCAGACCCCACUCACUGCCCUCCACAUGGGAGCCCUCAUCAAGGAGGCAGGGUUCCCCCCGGGAGUGGUCAAUAUCCUGCCAGGCUUUGGAUCAGCUGCAGGUGCAGCCAUCACAUCUCACCGGGGCGUAGAUAAGAUUGCGUUCACCGGAUCCACCAAGGUGGGGAAGCUGGUCCAAGAAGCAGCUGGAAGGAGCAACUUGAAGAGAGUGACUCUGGAACUUGGCGGGAAGAGCCCCAACAUUAUUUUCGCAGAUGCAGAUUUGGACUACGCGGUGGAGCAGGCCCACCAGGGGGUCUUCUUCAACCAGGGCCAGUGCUGCACAGCCGGUUCGCGGAUCUAUGUGGAGGAGCCCGUCUACGAGGAGUUUGUCCGGAGAAGCGUCGAGCGUGCCAAGAGGCGGGUGGUGGGGAGCCCUUUCGACCCGACCACAGAGCAAGGACCACAGAUUGAUAAGAAGCAAUAUAACAAGAUCUUGGAGCUUAUUCAGAGCGGCAUCUCCGAAGGGGCCCGGCUGGAGUGUGGGGGCAAAGGGUUGGGCAGGAAGGGCUUCUUCAUUGAGCCGACCGUCUUCUCCAGCGUCACCGACGACAUGCGCAUUGCCAAGGAAGAGAUCUUCGGGCCUGUACAAGGAAUCCUGCGCUUUAAAACCAUGGAUGAAGUCAUUGAAAGAGCCAAUAAUUCAGACUUUGGGCUGGUAGCUGCCGUCUUCACCAGCGACAUCAACAAGGCCCUGACCGUCUCUGCAGCAAUGCAAGCUGGGACAGUUUGGAUCAAUUGUUACAACGCCUUAAAUGCCCAGAGUCCUUUUGGGGGAUUCAAAAUGUCCGGCAACGGGAGAGAAAUGGGAGAGUGUGGGCUGCGAGAGUAUUCUGAAGUGAAGACCGUGACCAUAAAGAUUCCUCAGAAGAACUCGUAAGGAGAGGAGGAGGUGGCGGAGGAGGAGGAGAUGUCCGCUGUGCCUUGCAGCAGCGGAUCAAACGCCCUCUGUAUUCCUUCAUGGGGACUAGCGCUCAGGAAUUUUGAACACACACACAAAUCAUACCAAUAAUUUUUUUUUUAAAAAAACAGCAUCAUAACCAGGCUCAUAAUCCACCCCCCACCCCACCCCACCCCGCCAACACCCACUCACUCCCACUGCUGGCCACAAGUAGCUUUUUUCUAUAUUGCAGUUGGAAACGUUCCCAGAAAUGUCCCAUGUGUUUGCACCCAUCAGCGCACACCUCCCCCCCCCCCCCCGAGACAAUAUCCUUUUCCUGAAAGCAGUUUCUAAAUGACCUUCUCCACCAGGGCUACUUGGGUUCACUUCUUCUUGUAUGUGGGUUUAGCCUGUGGAUCCAUGGGAGGUCCAGCAUCUCUGCCAGAGGCCACAACACAGUUGUUGCUGCUGCUGCUGCUCUCCUGAAGACUGAAAUAUAAGCCUGGGGCUGGGGUGGCCACUAACCCAAGAUAGGCAACCUUCCUGGGGGUUGUAGCAGGAAUCUUAGAGACAUCGUAGGAUCCUGAAACUCUUUCUGCUUGCUUUUCUUCUGAAGUCUGUUUCUGGUCCUCCCGGGUUGCUGCCAUACUAGCCCCUUUUCCAGGAAUCGCCAUCCUUGGUUCAUGCAUUUUUUGGACAGAGAAUCCAGACAGUGUUGUUGCCCAACCUUUGCAUCCUAGUGCUUUCUGUGUUAAGUCUUCAGUCCUAAAUGUUAAAUCCUGUGUUUUUCCAGAUCUGAUGGGUGGCAAUUUUUUAAAGAAUUAUUUUUUAUUAUUUCUUUGCAAUAAAACACAAUGCCAGCAACAACCUGUCCACUGAAGGCAAUGCUAUUUCCUCAUAAAAAGAAAGAAGAAAGGAGGGAGGGGGAUACUGCAAGGAAACCAAUAAUUGAAACUCCCCUCCUCCUGGGAAAAUGAAAAUGGACUAAAUAAAGGAGCAAUUCAUCUCUGUUCCCCCAUCCACACUCCACAGAUGAACCAGCUGUCACUGCAAGAAGGAACAUCUGAACUCAUAUCGCAGGAGCUUUUACAGACUGGGCUGUCACCCCGAAUCUACUCUGGAAGAGAGUGUGUGUGUGUGUGUGUGUGUGUUCACACACCAGCCACUUACCCCAAAGUCCAUUUGAGCUCCUUGGAAACACUCCACACACAAAUUGGGCCUUGUCUUCCAAAUUCUAGCUUAUCUCAAUGUUUUUCUGGGUUUUUAAAAUGAUGGUUUGAAGAGAGUUUUUUCUGAAAACGCUGGAGCAAAUAGGGAGCGGCCCUGACAUAGCAGCAUUGUGUUCCUGUCCAAGGAGCUCUCUCCCUCCCUCCCCAUUGGCUAGAAGGAAAACACAGAAGCAUGCAGAAAACCCAAGAGCAGAGGGGAGGGGUUGCUUCCCUCCAGUGCCGCGAGUGGAAUUCGAAGUGGCUUCGCUCAACAUGUACCCCGCAGCAUGAAGCCCCGUGUGAAGAACUCCCAGGCCAUCUUUGCUGAAUGGGACUUCCGGGUGAGUAAGCGUGAAGAGAGGCUCUGGGCACUGCUGGGCCAGCCUCCCCCUUCAUGCUCCUCCUCCUCCGCAGUGCUCGGAUGUGCCGGUGGCAGAGCAAGCAGACCUCCUUGCAGGGGAGCCUGGGUGGACGUCCUGCGGUGUGGCUCGGGCUGCGUUCUGUGGCGGCGGCGGCGGCAGCAGCAGGUGCCGUUCACGAGGAAGCCAAUGGCCUGGGGGGGGGACCAGGGAGCAGCUCCGCCGCCAGUGACUGCCAGGAGGAGCGAGGCAUGGUGGGGCUUCUACCGGAGCGGCCUGCUGGAGUUCCUGCUGCCAGGCCGGCCCCCUCCCCCCCUUCCUCGCCAUGCCCAGCGGCAUGUGACACUGGACGGGAUGCCGCUCUGCAUGGCCAGCCCUGCCCCAGCCCUGCCCCACCUCACUGGCUCCCAGUGGCAGAGGCAAGGAGAGGCCGCGUUACAGCAGCUGCGAGAAGGCCGCGAGUGGAAGCAGCCCCCUCUUCCACCUCACAGCUGCCGCUUGGGGGCCCAGCCCGGCAAUCCUGGCUCUGCGGCCUGCAGCGUCUGUUGGGUCGUCUUUGGACGGGCACGUCCCGGUUUCAUGCAGCAGCGCGGAAGCCGGUUGGCAAGGGGGCCUGCGGGGCUGAGCACUGGGGUUCCCAGCAGGGGGUCCCAGUACCCCUAGGGGGACUUGAAAGUCUCCGAGGGAGCACUCAGAGCCCCCCUGCCCUGCCUCCCCACACUGAGCCGCGCUGCUCAUGAGCAGUCUUAUUGGAAUUAAGGGGGCACGUUUUCUUCAGCUGGAGUGACUUCAAAAAAGCUUAUUUCAGUGGGAGUCCUCAUGAGCGAUGGUCUGGAUGUAAGCCCAUGACUGGAGUAGCCUGCCGUGUGUGUGUGAACACACCAUCUCUGUGCGGUACCUGAGCUCAAGGUUUACGACAGAGGUGGUACGCUUGUUUGGAAAGGCUGGGAACCCCCAGGCUAGCUGAGUCUGCCGCCUUCCUUAUUAUCGUGGACUUCAAAAAUAGGUCACCUACCUGCCCUCUAAAAGCUCCUUCUCCGCAGCAGCAGCAGCAUGGCCAGGUGGCCUGAGAACUGCAGCGUGGCUUCAGUCAGAGUUAGGAGACCAUCCUGGCACAAGCUGAUGCCAGGCAGGCUGAGAGCAGGAGCUGGCACCGCUGGCCAUUUCUGCCCUGGGCCUUUCCCCGUCCAUCUGAAUUGAGGGUGCCGAUGGAGAGAGUGCAGAGAGUGCAGGGAAUGUGGCUCUGAGGCUUCCUCUCCGAGCUGGUUCCAGCAAAGUCCUCCUGGGCUCCAACAAGCUGGCUGAGGUGUGGUUUCUCCUCCCAGCUACAGUCUUCACUGUGGAAUCUGCUAGUUGCUCUUUAAAUUAAAAUGUUAGAGGUUGUUGAUUUUUACCCACAAUAGGUAAAAGAGCAGAGCACUAAGGAAUGAGCACACACUCCAGUGACAGAGUAGGUAGCAGAGGAUGGUUUGGAUAUUGCAGCUGUUCAGAGAAAACGCAUGGAGAUCCUUGUAGGACUAAAUACUAAACAUUUAUUGGUUCAAUACACUUAGACAGGAAAGACCUAUCUCUAAUCUAAAGGACUACAUAGUGGAUAGGUAAGGAGAGAGAGAGAUGUUUCCAUCUGCUCUCUAGGAGGAAAGGAAGGAUUGUGACUCAGCCCAGGAUGGAAGUGUUGCAGAGUCAGUUCAGGGGUCAUAGAGCAGGGACCGAGAGGGACACCCUGACUCACUGUCUCUACUCCCAGUGAUGCCCCUCGUGGUCAUUGGGACAGUUGGUGCAAAAGGUCGAUGCACUGGAAGGUCAUCUCCAACAUAAAAUGUGCCCGUUUCAUUCCCAGUGGGGUCCCUUGCCUGUGUCUGUGAGGAGUGGAAAGAACCACCAGCCGCCACCCACCUCCGGAAUUCUGGGGCGCUUCCAGGUGACUCCUUGGCAAGCCAACUGCUAGACGGGCCCCCAGAGUGGUGUGUGGCCUGCCGCUGAGUGGUUUUUUCUUCCCCUGCUGCUCUGGCAACGUUUGGACCCACAGGGGCAGGCCCACAAUGUGCCUCCUUCUCCCUUACAGCCCUGGCCACCCACUGCAUUUUACCCAGGACUGCUUUACUAAACUGGGCAAGGGCUGUGCUGCCCCCUGACUCGUGCCCACUUACAUGGGCAAAGGGCUUUCUGAACCCCCACGCCCCUCCCUGGGGUCCAAAGCAACCCAGGCUUGGGCAGAGCCUCCCACUUCCUGCACAGUCCAGCUGGUCAUUCCAGGACGCCACAAGCAGGCGCUCUCUCUCUCUCUCUCUCUCUCUCUCUCUCUCUCUCUCUCUCUCUCUCUCUCUCUCUCUGCAACUUCUGCCCGCUGGUCUGGACGCGGUCUCUCGUUGCUGCUGUCCACCUUGGGAGAAGGAGGAGCCUGAGGUCCAUGUGCCCCAUGGAAGAGAGUAGUCCCUAGGAGCAAGGGGGGAUCCUGGGACCUUGAGAUGAGCAGCUGGAUUAGGCACAGAGGCGAGUGAGUUCUUGGAGCUGGUUCACACAAGAUGGAAUUUUGGCCCAGAAGAAUCACUGCCAUGUAGGAAAGGCUGCAGAUCCCACACGCAGUUUGUCCCUGAUGAUAGACACUGUCUUGUUGCAUGUCCUGUAUUUACCCGAAUGCAAGACGACUCUGAAUGUAAGACGAGCCCCUUAAGAAAUGGAAGGUAUCCAAGUUAUACCCUUAUUUACCCCAAAGGAAGAGGACUCUGGAUUUAAGAUGACCCCCUGAUUUCCAGCAUCAAAGAACGUGGAAAAAACUAAUCUUGGAUUCAGGCAAAUACAGUAAACAUGGUGAGACAGACAUGUGUUGAAUAAUUGCACCUGGUGGCAGGUAACUUAUCCAGAAACAGUAUUUUCCAUGUACAAAAUGUGUCACAGCUGAAACAGUCCUCAGUUGCUUCAGGCACAUGGCUCCUGUUUGCACUCUUCGAGCAAAGUUUGAAGGGCUUCAUGCAGCUCAAAAUGGUACCAACCAAGAGUCCCACAGCUCGUGCCACCUCCCUCCAACCCCCGCCCCCCGCCGGCCUGGCAGAAUCUUGCCUGGACUUCCCUGGGAGCCUCCUGUGGGAAGCGGAACAGCCCGUUACAACAGAGAGCUGUCUUCUCUCAGCGAUGCUUGGACACAAUUCACCAGAAGCUGUGCCAAAGCACAGAACAUCCCCCCCCCUCCCAAGGGUUGGGUCCAGAGAGGUCUAGAAUCUGAAUGCAGAGGUUUCAUUUUUGAGUGGCUGGUUGUGGGGCUUGUUUGGAGUUUUGAAGGACAGCUGUGUGUACUCAGCUGUCAGUGUGCUUUGAGGCUUUUUAAAAAUGCAUCUUCCCAAGCGAAUUUCUUUGUGUCAGAAGCUCAGACAAUGGGACUAGGCUGCUAGUCCUGCUCAUUCUGCUGCUAGGCUGAAAGGCUGCGAGUUGGGGUGAACCGGGGUGAGGUGGGGUUGCAGAAUCAGUGAUGAGGAGGGGAGAGGGCUUGAGGAUCAGCAAUGGACAUGAUCCACAUUGCGCCAUGAUCAGCCCAAGACAUUGUGGUACUUGAGGAGGCCAGAAAUCCAGAUGGUACCUUCCUCCCUUUCCCUGCUACUUCAUAUGGAGAACAAUCCAUGGGGAAAUUAUCUUGCGCAAGCCUACAGAAAUGAAGUUCACUUCAGUGGGGCUGCACAAGAGAACUUCCCAGCUGGGUCCCCCCACCCACCAUGGGCCAGAUCUCCCCUAGGUCUCCUGCUCAUCCGCCUUCAGGGUUGCUUCUUGCAACCUGUCCUGAUGUUUUGCCUCAUGGUUUAGCCCCUAUUGCUUCCUGCCUCGACCCGAGUUUUGUACUUAUGUCACCCCUGCUUCUUUCUGAUAUUUGUUCUCUGAUCUGCGUACAAGUCGUUCUUAGCAGCAAGUGGUGAUGCAUUUGCAAGCCCAACGAUUCCUGAACUGUGCAGCGUGGAUGUCAUGUACUCCGACUGUAGCAUUAAGUCAGAGGUUUCUUUAAAAAAAAAAUGCAUUAAGAAAUUAGUUUCCUUAUUAUCUCCAGUAUCCAUUGCGAAAGGAGACAUUUAUUUCUUUUUCUCUUAAGUACUUUAAAGAAUCCUGUGCUAGCAAUAAGCAUUUAUCGUGUGUUGUACUCCUCUGUAUUAUGUGCGUGUUGUCUAUGUGGGUGUGUUAUUCCAAAUAAAUUUUGAGGUGAUGAUGAAAUAUUGCUGUCCCCGCCCGCCUUUGACACGCAUGAGUUGGUGAAAUGCAUCCUUUGGGGUUGUGUUGUUGAAGGUGCCAGUGCAUGCCACAGACUGUGUUUCUUGUUGCCAUUUUAAACCGUGUAUAUAGUUAUGAGAAUAAGGAGCGGACAAAAAGGAUAGGACGUAUUUUGUAUGAAGUUUUCCAUUAAAAGGCUUCCGAGACCAAA